GAAACCAAAGGUGAAUUAGCUUAACUGCUAGCUUCACACAUUGGUCUGCUGCUGACAUUGGACUCUACAUCAUUCAGGAUCUGACGCAUUUAAAAAAUACAAGGUAAAAUAAGGAUCCUCACCAUGGUGACUGGAAAGCGUCUGGCUGACAUAGGAUAUCGAGCUUUUUCUGCGUCCAUGAUGCUGCUGACGGUUUAUGGAGGUUACCUGUGUGUGUUGCGAGGAUAUCGCUACAUGGAAAAGCAAAAACAACUGAAACUGGCAGCAGAAAACCAGGACCCUGAGGCCAUUAAAGACUGACAUUGGAGAGAUGGACUGUUCUCCUUUUGCACACUCGUGGACAUUUCUCAGACUUGCUUUGUUGUCUGUUGAUAAAUUGUGAGGAUGUUUAUUUUCCCAUGGCAGUCCGUUGGGUUUGAUUGUGAGGGUGGAAAAUGUUUUGCAUAUGAAGCAAACUGAGAAAAAACCUUAUUUGCAUCCAUGAUUUGGGUCACGACAGUGUUGUGAGCCACAUCUUGUCUUUGGUGAUCACAGCUGGAAUUGUUUGUAUUAUAUUAAAUGCCUUUAACCACA